CGAGUAUCGGACAAGAUGUCGUUCAAGAUUGCAACUGUACUGGCUUUGGCUGCUCUGGUCUGCGUGGAAGGACGCAGUGCUAUCGUAGGCGGAUUCGCGAUCGACAUCUCCGACGCUCCGUAUCAGGUGUCGCUCCAGAAUCGCGGCUCCCACAACUGCGGUGGUUCGUUCCUGUCCAGCAAAUGGGUCCUGACGGCGGCUCACUGCACCGAGGGUGCCUCCGCGUCUAGUCUGGCCGUUCGCUACGCUUCGUCGGAGCACGCUAAGGGAGGAGUCCUCGCCCAAGUUGCACGCGUCGUCAUGCACCCGAAAUACGACGGCGGCACCAUCGACCACGACUUCUCGCUGUUGGAGCUCAAGGAAGAGGUCCGUUUUGACGACCGAGCGCAACCGGUGGAUCUGCCCGAACAGGACGAACCGGUGGAGGACGGAACCCUCUGUAAGGUGUCCGGCUGGGGUAACACGCAGAACUGGAACGAAUCCACGGAACGGCUUCGUGCUGCCACGGUGCCAACGGUGAACCAGAAGGAGUGCGAGGAAGCCUACGCUGACUUUGGUGGAAUCACGGACACUAUGCUGUGCGCUGGCUACAAGAAGGGUGGCAAGGACGCCUGUCAGGGUGACUCCGGCGGUCCGCUGUUCUCCGAUGGCAAGCUGGUCGGUGUCGUUUCGUGGGGAUACGGUUGCGCCCAGGCUGGAUACCCGGGAGUUUACUCCCGUGUGGCCUCGGUACGCGAUUGGAUCCGCAAGACUGCUGGAGUUUAGAACCGGAAAGCCCUUCCAACUGUGCACAAAAAACAUUCAAAUAAACGAGAAAACCACUGCAUAAGAAAAUAA